AUGUCUGAGGCAUUGGGAUACGAAUUAAAUGAACACGAAGUAAUCACAGAAGAUGGAUAUGUUUUGAAACUGUUUCAUCAUCCAGGAACCGAUAAGAGAAGAAAACCAGUUUUAUUACUGCAUGGAAUCAUUGAUUCUGCCGAAACAUUUCUGGUUCGAGGAAAAACAUCAUUGGUAGGAGCUCUUAUUGGAGCUGGCUACAGCGUCUGGUCCGGCAACGUUAGAGGAAGCCGCUACGGGAGGAACCAUGUAAGCUUAAAUCCUGAUAGGGAUAAAAUGUUUUGGGAUUUCUCUUUUCAUGAAAUUGGUCACUAUGACCUACCAGCUCUGAUUGACUUCGUCGUUAACAAAACCGGACAUCCACAAGUAUGCGCUAUUGGACACUCGCUAGGUAACUCGGUGUUUUAUGUGUUAGGGUCCACGAGACCCGAGUAUAAUGACAAGAUUUCAGUGCUAAUAGCUCUAUCGCCUGUAUGUUUCAUUCAUCACGUGAAGCCACCUAUAUCUGCACUGGCACUAUCAGGACCAUGGUUAUCUUAUAUAUUUGAACUAAUCGGAAAUGAAGAAGUUUUUGGAGAUCACACAAAGCUUAAGAUGCUAUUGAGAGCAAUAUUUGAAAGCGAUAUUGGCUACGAUUUCUUUACUCGUGGUAUGAUCUCGCAGAUUACUGGUUCAGAUCCAGAAGAGCUCGAGCUGGAUUUCUUUCCCACCGUUCUUGCUCAUUAUCCCACGGGCACUUCGAGAAAAAACUUGGUUCAUUUGUAUCAGGGGUAUCUCUUAAUGAACUUUUCCUACUUCGACUACGGGAUAAAUAAUAUGAAGGUGUAUGAAUCUGCGUUCCCUCCAAAGUACGAUCUCAGCAAGGUGAAGAUGAGAAUAGUAUUGUUUGCCGGAAAGAACGACCGUCUAUCUACAAUUCCAGAUGUAAAAUUAUUGUAUAAAAUAUUACCAAACGCUGAGUACUUUAUUGUGCCGCAUCAAAAGCUUAAUCAUGUUGAUACGGUUUGGGGUAGAAAUAUGGCCAAAUAUUUGUUUCCACAUAUUAUGAAGGUGCUGGAUAAAAUGUUGUAAAUUUUUGGGAGUAGUUGAGUAACCGGUUGAUAUACUUUCAGUGAAUUUAAAUAAAAAGAUACAAUUAAUCAAGACUUAUGUACAAUCUUUACCUUAGCUGCCUGAGUGUGUAUAUUUUACUUUACAAGUGAUUUUUUCUUUCCUUAAAGAUGGUGAAAUUGGACAUCUGUUACGCCGUAAAUAUAGUAUCGGAAUUUUGCAACUUUAUUUGCAAUUUUCUGCCCCAUGAAAUAGAUUCAAUAUCUGUGAUGGCUCAUGAAGGGUACAACCUUACAUUAAAUUAGGUUCGAAAAGGUAAAACAAAAGGUCUAAAAGAAGGACUAAAGGGAUGCCUAUUAAUUUAAAGUAAAAAGUAAUGGAUACAUGCCUGCUCCCCUUACAUACGGCUGCCAAACGUGGAAAUACAUGCAUGACAAAUGUGAGAAAAAUACAAAAAAAUCCCACACAAUAUCAUACGAGCAAAGACUAAAGUCACAGAUGCGCUUAAUUUCCCACAAAUGUUAAAAUAGCGCUGGGCUGGCCAUGUAGCCAGGAUGAGCGAUCACCGAUGGACUUCAAGACUGACGUUGUGGCGGGUCCUUGCUGGUGUUACAAAUAAAGGUAGACCGGUAACUCGCUGGGAUAACGAUAUGAUAAAAAUAGCUGGUAAAAAUUGGCAGACAGUUGCCAAAGAUGGAAAAAAACAAAUGGAAGGUCUGUGGGAGGCCUUCACAUAAGAGGUGUUUUUGCAUGCCUGCAUGUUAAAUUAUAGGUACCUUUGUUAAUCUUAUAUUAUAUUUUCAAGUAAUAUAACUAAGAUUACUAUACUACCUAAAAUCUAAAUGUAAAUAAUCUGAGAAAAUAUGUCAA